AUGGUCCACCUUCAGCGGUCGGUUGCGGAGCUAAAGCAUGCGUGGCUGGGUGACCCGGGUGACAGACAGCAGGCCGUGUCUGCUUGGUCUCCUGCUCCCGGGAGGUCUCUGUCGCAGAAGUCAGCGGAAGCAGUGUGCGCGGCCUGGUCGGAGGAAGAGGUGAAAGCUGCUUUCCGUUCGAUGGCGAAGAACAAGGCUCCCCGGAAAGAUGGGUUGCCGAAGGAGCUGUUCGAGUUCCACUGGGAUAUCUUGGGCAAACAUUUCAUGAAGCUGGUCGACAGUUUCGCGGCUACGGCGACGCUGCCGACGAGUACAAAGGACGCUGUUACCAUCCUGCUGCACAAAAAAGGGGGGAGGGAUCAGCUUGAGAACUAUAGACCCAUCACUCUUCUGAGCUUCACCUACAAAGUGAUCGCGAGGGUGGUGGCAGACAGGAUGAAAAGGGUGUUGCAUGAAGUCAUCUCUCCGGAGCAGUACGGUUUCUUGCCUGGCAGAAGGCUGUCGGACGUGGUGGGCUUGGUUGCGGAUGUUAUCGAGGCCGCGAAGAACAAGGACCUUGACUUGUAUCUUCUGCUGGUCAACUUUAAGAAAGCUUUCGACUCGGUCUCGAGGAACUUCCUGUUCACGGUGCUCGAGCGGAUGGGUUUUCCCAGCCGUCUCGUGGACUGGGUUAGGGGCCUGCACAAGGAUACAUGGACCAGUCUGUUAAUCAACGGCUGGAUGGGGGAAGCGGUUGACGUGAUGUCUGGGGUGCGGCAGGGAUGUCCGCUUGCACCCUACCUAUUCCUGUGCGCGGUGGAACCGUUGGCACAGCAGGCGGCUGCUAAAAAACUUGGUCUUGAAAAGGGGGAGCAGUGGCUGGCGUAUCUGGGGUAUGCUGACGACACGACUUUAGUCCUGCAAGGAGAAGAACAGAUUGCGGAAGCAGAGCGGCUGUUAGCAGACUUCGAGGCAGAGGUUGAUGGCGGUGUGGGGGUGAGGGACCCGAAAAUAGAGCUCAUUUGUCUCGCAGCCAGGCGCAUUGGACUGUUGCUCACCGAGACGAGUGAACUGAAGGGGGACAUUAUGCUCGCAGCGGCGGACCUGCCGCUGGGGACGGACACCUUCAUCGCUCACGUGAAGCUUCUGAAGUGCUGGCGUGGGAAAAGCGAGAGAUGGAAGCUGGCCUGCGGGAGCUUUAUGCAGACACCAGUGGGAGGUCAGAAGGCUGCGGCGAAGCUGUGGGAGCUCCGGCUGGAAAUCGGCACUGUUCAAGGAUGGGCAGGUGGCGUCGUUGAAAGAGCUGAAGGGAUGUUGGAAGGGGCAGAAGCGUCAAUCCACUAA